UGUCCAUUUAUUUAGGCUUCGCUGCAGUGAUGCAAUGGAAGCCAUAAAUGGUGCAAACUUCCUAGGCCCACUAAAAUGCGUAAAUAAUGUUUUGAACCAGUUAACCAAAAGCCAAUGCCGAGUGCCGAUUGCCUCGCGGUCUGAAGCUUCCGGCCCGCUCUUGGCCGGUCCAGUUUGAUGCAGAGCAGACAAUUGUUAACCCAAUUCACGACCCGAUCAGGCUCAGACUGGCCUGGCCUGGUCUGUCCAGAGACGGCAUGUCCAGGAGCGGCCUGGCUCAUAUAAAAGGCUUCGGUCGCCAAUUGAUGCACAGAUAACAUCGCGCACUCGAGCUGAUCCUAAGCAAUGCAGACCCACAAGAUUUUCCGCUGCCUAGCACUGGUCCUGCUGUCCCUCAGCCAGGUCCGUGCCCAGAUCAUCCAGCCACUGCGUUAUCCGUUCGGACCGGUGCACCCGCAGCAGCAGCCGCAUCGGCAACAGCGCUCCCUCUUUGGCCCACCCGGUCCACCGGUCGGUUGGAGCAGCGGAGGCGGCUGGGCCAGUCCCAGUCCCAGCUUCGGAUUCAGCCCCCUGCCACCCUCGUCGAGCCCGCACGUAACAAAGGACGAGCUUCUCGCUCUGCUGGCAGCCUGGAAAGAUGUGGAGCACAAGCCGACUCCUCCACCAACACCCGAGCCGGAGGUCGAGCCAGAGCCAGAGGUGACCACCACUCCUCCUCCCCCCGAGGAGGAGGAAGAGGAACCAGAACCGGAGGCACCGGCCCCAGAGGCUCCAGCCGGACCUCCUCCCGGUGUGCCGGUUACCGUCUCGCUGCCAGCCUUGGUGCCCAUUCAAUUAGCCGCUAUGUGGCAGACGCCAGUGCCUGGCGCAGGAUCCGUAGGCCUCGGUCUGGGCGGACUUGGUGGUCUUUCUGGUUUGGGACUGGGACUUGGUGGCGGCUUGGCAGCAGCCGGCGCCACCGGUGUCGCUGCAGCAGGAAACGGACCAGCGGCUGCCACUGCCCGCACCGCUACAGUCGCGCGAUCGCGAUCACGAGCCCGGGCUCGGGUCGGCAGUCGGUCCUCAAACGACGCCUCCAUUCGCUUUCCCGUCGCCAAUCCACGCAGCUUCGCUUCUGGCAACUAUGUGGCGCCCAGACCGCGCUACUAUCGUGCCGCUCCUUCACAGCCGGAGCCCAUGCGGGUCGAUGUGAUGCCGUCCCCAGGGUAUCUGGAAUAUGGUCCAGGACCGGCCCAGCUCGUUCCUAAAUAUUGGCAGUAGUCGCCGCUUCUCUAGUGCAUUCCUUGCUAUACUCGUCCCUCUUCUUCUAUCUAAGCUUUAAGAGUACAAAUAUACACACACAUACAUAAAGGCUACGUAAAUCCAU